AUGACGAACCACGAGACACCUCCGAGAACCAGACCGACGUCGAUCCCAGAGGUUCUGGAGAGAGACAAAGCAGGGAGAUUCAAGACGCAGACGCAUCCUUUCUCCACUAGACGCAUCUCUUCUCCAGCUCUCUCUCUCUCUCUCAUCUUGAUCUUCAACCCAGCUAUCUCUCUCAUCUCUCGAUCUCGAACCCAGCUCUCUCUCUCUCUCUCUCUCUCUCUCUCUCUCUCGAUCUCGAACGCGGCUCUCUCUCUCCAUCUCUCCAUCUCGAACCCAGCUCAUCUCAUCUCGAAGCUCUCUUCUCCAUGGCAUCUCAUCUCAAAGCUCUCUCUUCUCCAUAUCAUCUCGAAUCUUGAUCUCCAACCCAGCUAUCUCUCUCAUCUCUCGAUCUCGAACCCAGCUCUCUCUCUCUCUCUCUCUCUCUCUCGAUCUCGAACCCGGCUAUUUCUCUCCAUCUCUCCAUCUCGAACCCAGCUCAUCUCAUCUCGAAGCUCUCUUCUCCAUGGCAUCUCAUCUCAAAGAUCUCUCUUCUCCAUAGUAUCUCGAGCUCGGCCAAACCCGUCUCUUCCUUUUCUCGUUCAGCAUUUACGGCAAAUAAGUGUGUUCUGUGUUCAGCCUCUUGUCUCAAGCUUCUCUCAAGCUCUCCGAAGCUUCUUAAGGCUUCUCCAUAGCAUCUCAGGCUGUGUCUGUGUGUCUCAAGCUCACACUCUAAAGCUCACUCUCUACCGCUGUUCCUCUCACUUUUUAAGAUGGCAAAAGAUAUGCUUGAAAGAUGGAUGUUGGAAGAUGAGGAUGGUGAUUAUGAUGAUGAACUUGGUUUGUUUGAUGUGCCUAUUACUGAGAGAUUGAGUCAUAGAACAGAUCGAGGAGCAGGAUGGUGACAUGUUCAACAACUUAUGUGUGAAUCUGAUCAGCAAUGUUAUGACAUUCUUCGAAUGAACCAAAAGACCUUUGAAGCUUUGUGCAAGAUGCUAGCAGAGCGAUAUGGAUUGAAAGAGACUCACCAUGUCUACCUUGAGGAAUCUGUUGCGAUGUUUCUCGAGACUGUUGGUCAAGAUAAGACUAAGCGUGAUAUUGCUGCAAGGUAUCAAAGAUCAGUGGAUACGGUCCAAAGGAAGCUUGAUGAUGUUUUGAGUGCUCUUCUCAAGUUUGCGGAUGAUACACUAAGACCACAAGAAGGCGAGUUUGGAAGAGUAAGUCAUGUUUUGAGGAAUGAUGAUCGGUAUUGGCCUCAUUUCAGAGAUUGUAUUGGAGCACUCGAUGGAACUCAUGUGCCGGUUCGCCCUCCAAGUCAAAAUGCAGAAGCAUAUAAAGGUAGAAAGCAAGAUCCUACAAUGAAUGUUCUUGCUAUAUGUAACUUCGACAUGAAGUUCAUAUAUGCAUAUCUCGGUGUACCUGGUAGAGCACAUGAUACAAAGGUUUUGACUCAUUUUGCGAGGAAUGAGGCUUCUUUUCCACAUCCUCCUCCUGGAAAGUAUUAUCUAGUUGACUCGGGAUAUCCGACCAGGACGAGGUAUCUUGGUCCGCAUCGUAGUAUGCGAUAUCAUCUUGGUUUGCUAGAGGAGGACCACAUGUUAGUGCACGAGAGUUGUUCAACCGAAAGCAUUCAGGAUUGCGAUCGGUGAUUGAGAGGACAUUUGGAGUAUGGAAAGCAAAAUGGAGGAUUUUGGAUCGUAAGCAUCCAAAGUAUGGUCUGGUCAAGUGGAUUAAGCUCGUGACAGCGACGAUGGCGCUACACAACUUCAUACGUGAUUCACAUCGGGAAGAUCAUGAUUUUGUACAAUGGCAAAGUGAUGAUGAUGGAGAAGCAGAAGGAGAAGAAACUGAUAGUGACGGUGAUGAAGAAGAAGAUGAUGAUGAUGGUGGUGGUGGUGGACAUACUGUAUAUGAGCCGACCGGUGAUAGAGCGAUAGAAGCUUUGCGUAAGAACAUCACAGAUGAAUAUGGUAGAGGUCGUUUACCGUAUUAAAUGUUUAAGUUAGUGACUUGAUUUUUCUUUGCUUAUAACUUUGAUUAUCAUUUCUAUGUGAUAUUGAAAUAUUUGUUUUAUUUAUUUAAGACUAUGUAUUAUUUAGCUUUUGUUUUGUGAUAAAUAUUUUGAUAUAUUAUUUUUUCUUUAA